GGAGCCGGAAGUGGGGCGCGCGAGGUCUUAGGGCGCGAGGGAAGUGGCAGGCGGGGACUAAGGCGGGGCGUGCAGGUAGCCGGCCGGCCGGGGGUCGCGGGCAUGGCCGAGGCCAGGAAGCGGCGGGAGCUACUUCCCCUGAUCUACCACCAUCUGCUGCGGGCUGGCUAUGUGCGUGCGGCGCGGGAAGUGAAGGAGCAGAGCGGCCAGAAGUGUUUCCUGGCUCAACCCGUAACCCUUCUGGACAUCUAUACACACUGGCAACAAACCUCAGAGCUUGGUCGGAAGCGGAAGGCAGAGGAAGAUGCGGCACUGCAAGCUAAGAAGACCCGUGUGUCAGACCCCAUCAGCACCUCAGAGAGCUCGGAAGAGGAGGAGGAAGCAGAAGCUGAAAACGCCAAAGCCACCCCAAGACUAGCAUCUACCAACUCCUCAGUCCUGGGGGCGGACUUGCCAUCAAGCCUGAAAGAAAAAGCCAAGGCAGAGACAGAGAAAGCCGGCAAGACUGGGAACUCCAUGCCACACCCUGCCACUGGGAAGACAGUGACCAACCUUCUUUCUGGGAAGUCUCCCAGGAAGUCAGCAGAACCAUCAGCAAAUACUACGUUGGUCUCAGAAACUGAGGAGGAGGGGAGUGUCCCGGCCUUUGGAGCUGCUGCCAAGCCUGGGAUGGUGUCAGCAGGCCAGGCCGACAGCUCCAGCGAGGACACCUCCAGCUCCAGCGAUGAGACAGAUGUGGAGGGGAAACCCUCAGUAAAACCAGCCCAGGUCAAAGCCUCAUCGGUUUCUACUAAGGAGUCUCCAGCAAGAAAGGUGGCCCCAGCCCCUGGGAAGGUGGGGGAUGUGACACCCCAGGUCAGAGGAGGGGCCCUGCCCACAGCCAAGAGGGCCAAGAAGCCAGAAGAAGAGUCAGAGAGUAGUGAGGAGGGGUCUGAAAGCGAGGAGGAGGCCCCUAUAGGGACACCAAGCCAGGUAAAGGCCUCUGAAAAAAUUCUCCAGGUCAGAGCUGCCUCGACCCCUGCCAAGGGGACCCCUGGGAAAGGGGCUACCUCAGCACCCCCUGGGAAGGCAGGGGCUGUAGCCUUCCAGACCAAGGCAGGGAAGUCAGAGGAGGACUCAGAGAGCAGCAGCGAGGAAUCGUCUGACAGUGAGGAAGAGACGCCGGCUGCCAAGGCCCUGCUUCAGGCAAAGGCCUCAGGAAAAACCCCUCAGGUCGGAGCUGCCUCAGCCCCUGCCAAGGAGUCCACCAGGAAAGGAGCUGCCCCAGCGCCCCCUGGGAAGACAGGGCCUGCAGUUGCCAAGGCCCAGACGGGGAAGCAGGAGGAGGACUCGCAGAGCAGCAGCGAGGACUCGGACAGUGAGGAGGAGGCGCCUGCUCAGACGAAGCCUUCAAGGAAGACCUCCCAGGUCAGAGCUGCCCCGGCCUCUGCCAAGGAGUCCCCCAGGAAAGGGGCUGCCUCAGCACCUCCUAGGAAAACAGGGCCUGCAGCCACCCAGGCCCAGGCAGGGAAGCAGGAGGAGGACUCGGGGAGCAGCAGUGAGGAGUCAGACAGUGACAGGGAGGCACCGGCAGCCAUGAACGCAGCUCAGGUGAAGCCCUUGGGGAAAAACCCCCAGGUGAAACCUGCCUCCACCAUGGGCACGGGGCCCUUGGGGAAAGGCGCCGGCCCAGUGCUACCUGGGAAGGUGGCGCCUACAACACCCUCGGCCCAGGUGGGGAAGUGGGAGGACUCAGACAGCAGCAGUGAGGAGUCAUCAGACAGCGAUGAUGGAGAGGUGCCCACAGCUGUGGCCCCGGCUCAGGAAAAGUCCUUGGGGAAAGUCCUCCAGGCCAAACCCGCCUCUGGUCCUGCCAAGGGGCCACCUCAGAAGGCAGGGCCUGUAGCCAUCCAGGUCAAGGCUGAAAAGCCCAUGGAAGACUCAGAGAGCAGCGAGGAGUCGUCGGACAGUGCGGACAGUGAGGAGACACCAGCAGCCAUGACUACAGCUCAGGCAAAACCAGCUCUGAAAAUACCUCAGACCAAGGCCUGCGCAAAGAAAACCAAUACUGCAUCUGCCAAGGUCACCCCUGUGCGAGUGGGCACCCAAGCCCCCCGGAAAUCAGGAACUGCGACUUCUCCAGUAGGCUCAUCCCCAGCUGUGGCUGGGGGCACCCAGAGACCAGCAGAGGAUUCUUCAAGCAGUGAGGAAUCAGAUAGUGAGGAAGAGAAGACAGGUCCUGCAGUAACCAUGGGACAGGCAAAGUCUGUGGGGAAAGGCCUCCAGGUGAAAGCGGCCUCAGUGCCUGUCAAGGGGUCCUUGGGGCAAGGGACCACUCCAGUACUUCCUGGGAAGACGGGGCCUACGGUCACCCAGGUGAAAGCUGAGAUGCAGGAAGACUCUGAGAGCAGUGAGGAGGAAUCAGACAGUGAAGAGGCAGCUGCACCUUCAGCACAGGUGAAAACCUCAGUAAAAAAAACCCAGGCCAAAGCCAACCCAGCUGCCGUCAGAGCAUCUCCAGCAAAAGGGACAAUUUCAGCUCCUGGAAAAGUUGUCACUGCAGCUGCUCAAGCCAAACAGAGGUCUCCAGCCAAGGCGAAGCCACCAGUGAGAAACCUCCAGAACAGUACCGUCUUGGUGAGGGGCCCAGCAUCUGUGCCACCUGUGGGGAAGGCCGUGGCUGCAGCAGCUCAAGUCCAGACAGGGCCAGAGGAGGACUCGGGGAGCAGUGAGGAGGAGUCAGACAGUGAGGAAGAGACGGAGACGCCGGCUCAGGCGAAGCCUUCAGGGAAGACCCCCCAGGUCAGAGCUGCCUUGGCUCCUGCCAAGGAGUCCCCCAGGAAAGGGGCUGCCCCAGCACCUCCUGGGAAGACAGGGCCUUUGGCCACCCAGGUGGGGAAGCAGGAUGACUCAGGGAGCAGCAGCGAGGAGUCAAACAGUGAUGGGGAGGCACCAGCAGCUGCAACCUCUGCCCAGAAGGACAGUAACUCCAAACCUGCCAGAAGCAAGACCCUGGCCCCAGCACCUCCAAAGGGGAACACGGAGGGGUCCUCGGAGAGCAGUGAGGAAGAGCUGCCACUGACCCAGGUGCAUUGUAUAUUCCAACCAGGCAGCCUUGGAAAACUGCUCAGACCACCGCCUGCAUUCAGCAGUCCAGCUGGCCCAGCUGCUACCCCCGUACAAGCCCAGGCUGCGAGCACCCCGAGGAAGUCCCGAGCCUCGGAGAGCACAGCCAGGAGCUCCUCCUCCGAGAGCGAGGAUGAGGACGUGAUCCCCGCUACACAGUGCUUGACUCCUGGCAUCAGGACCAACGUGGUGACUGUGCCCACUGCCCAGCCAAGAAUAGCCCCCAAAGCCAGCAUGACUGGGGCCAGCAGCAGCAAGGAGUCCAGUCAGAUAUCAGAUGGCAAGAAACAGGAGGGACCAGCCACUCAGGUGUCAAAGAAGAACCCAGCUUCCCUCCCACUGACCCAGGCUGCCCUGAAGGUCCUCACCCAGAAAGCCAGUGAGGCUCAGCCUCCUGUUGCCAGGACCCAGCCUUCACGUGGGGCUGACAGUGCUGUGGGAACACUCCCUGCAACGAGUCCCCAGAGCACCCCUGUCCAGGCCAAAGGGACCAACAAGCUCAGAAAACCUAAGCUUCCUGAGGGCCAGCAGGCCACCAAAGCCCCUGGGAGCUCGGAUGACAGUGAGGACAGCAGCAACAGCUCUUCAGGGAGCGAGGAGGAUGCUGAAGGGCCCCAGGUGGCCAAGUCGGCCCACACGCUGGUAGGUCCCACCCCCUCCAGGACGGAAACCCUGGUGGAGGAGACUGCAGCAGAGUCCAGUGAGGAUGAUGUGGUGGCGCCAUCCCAGUCUCUCCUCUCAGGUUAUGUGACCCCUGGACUAACCCCAGCCAAUUCCCAGGCCUCAAAAGCCAUUCCCAAGCCAUACUCCAGCCCCUCAGUUUCCUCUACUCUGGCCGCCAAAGAUGACCCAGAUGGCAAGCAGGAGGCAAAGCCCCAACAGGCAGCAGGCAUGUUGUCCCCUAAAACAGGUGGAAAAGAGGCUGCUUCAGGCACCACACCUCAGAAGUCCCGGAAGCCCAAGAAAGGGGCUGGGAACCCCCAAGCCUCAACGCUGGCGCUGCAAAGCAACAUCACCCAGUGCCUCCUGGGCCAACCCUGGCCCCUGAACGAGGCCCAGGUGCAGGCCUCGGUGGUGAAGGUCCUGACCGAGCUGCUGGAACAGGAAAGAAAGAAGGUGGUGGACGCCACCAAGGAGAGCAGCAGGAAGGGCUGGGAGAGCCGCAAGCGGAAGCUAUCAGGAGACCAGCCGGCUGCCAGGACCCCCAGGAGCAAGAAGAAGAAGAAACUAGGGGCCGGGGAAGGUGGGGAGGCCUCUAUUUCCCCAGAAAAGACCUCCACGACUUCCAAGGGGAAAGCAAAGAGAGACAAAGCAAGUGAUGAUGUCAAGGAGAAAAAAGGGAAGGGGUCUCUUGGCUCCCAAGGGGCCAAGGACGAGCCAGAAAAGGAGCUUCAGAAGGGGAUGGGGAAGGUUGAAGGUGGAGAUCAAAGCAACCCAAAGAGCAAGAAGGAGAAGAAGAAAUCCGACAAGAGAAAAAAAGACAAGGAAAAAAAAGAAAAGAAGAAGAAAGCAAGAAAGUCCUCAACCAAAGAUUCUGAGUCACCGUCCCAGAAGAAAAAGAAGAAAAAGAAGAAGACAGCGGAGCAGACUGUGUGACGGGCACCAGCACCAGGCGCAGGGAUUUCCUAGCCAAGCAGUGGCCAUCCCCAUGCCUCUGACCUCCGCCGACCUCUGCCCACCAUGGGCUGGAACUUAACUGUUACCUUCCCUCGCUCCACAGAAGAAGACAGCCAGCUGCAGGGGUCCCUGUGUUGGCCAAGCCAGUGAGCCUGCAGGGAGGCUGGUCUGAGGAGAAAGUGGACCAGCUCCCAUGACCUCACCCCACUCCCCCAAUACAGGACGCUUCGUAUAGAUAUGUACAGUAUAUGUAUUUUUGUAAGUGACCUCCUCUCCUUCCGCAGACCCCACAGGCCCAAAGGCUUCGGGACUUCCCACCACCUUGCUCCACAGAUCCAGCUAGGCCUGACCUCUGCCUCAUCCCAUGCCACUCGGUCUUGGGCUGAUCCCGAGGCUUUGUCUUCCUCUCAUCAGUUCUUUUGGUUGUGUUUUCUGUUUUUUUUUUUUUUAACAACUCAAAAAAAUAAAGACUUGGAGGAAGGGUGCAAGCUCCCAGUGCAUCUGGGGCACACAUUUCUCGGGACUGUCUUGCCGACACUCGGGAUUCCUUCUUGCCUGCGUGUUGA